AUGGGUGAGUCAGGCUGCAUGAGCACCAUCGUGUCCUGCAAGGAGCACGACCACAGUAAACACGACAUUUACGACAUUUGUGAGACAAAUGAAGGUAGCGAGGUGAGCAUGAAAGCUCUAGCAACCCGACUUCCUUCAUCAUUCUUGGUUAUAGACCGUGUUACAAAUGUACUGUCAAGCGUACAAACAGGCUCCUGUUGGUUAAGCUCACGCACUCCUGCGCAAAGAUCGAUGUCCAGACUCUAUCCUCAACAUUCUCACUGACUAUAUCCCACAAAUUACACCAGAGCAAAACUCGAAGGAUCCUGCCUGUGUGUUUUGCCUGGCGGAAUUCUCCUGCCUUUUAUCCCGUUUACAAGGAGUGCGAUGAGAGAAGAUGCUCACUGCCUCCCCCUCUCAUUCUGCCGUCUCUCUCUUUCUAUGGUACUGCUUUUGCAAUUUCCUCCAUCUAAUUCCAGCACUGCAUCGUUCAGCUGCAGCUGCUUCCCGCCAUCGCCUUCGUCGUGUGCGACCGCCGCCAACCACUGCUAGAGAACCUUGAAUCUGGGGGACACUGAAAUUGGUAGAAGGAGGAGGAUAGACGGAUGCAUAUACAGGCUCGCCAUAUCCGCUGCCCACUCUCACCUUCAUAGACAUUAUAAAUUUUGUGUGCUUCCAA